AUGAAUGGGAAGGAAACAUACCCGAAUAGUAUCCCUAGUAUCCCAGAGACGAUUGAACCAGGUAUUACGAUCCCCAUAUACGAUGAUACUGCAAGCACAUUGACCCCGAACGAUCAAUCUCCUCAGAAACUGGGGUCUUACAGGUCGAAAGCAGGGAGGUUCUCGAACAAGUUUAGUAAUAUUUUGCCAUCGAUUAGUGCAAAAUUGCAUCAUUCUUCAAAGAAAACUUUACUUCAUGAUAAAGAAAAUCAGUUGAAUGCUGGAAGUAGUGAUACGUCGGUGUCGUCGUUAAAUACAAGACACGCAUCUGCUAAUAAUGGAGAUGCAUUGAAUAAAGAAAAGGCAAAUGUGGUACCAUUGACAGGUGUGCCUUAUGGUACUGGACUUAGAUUAUCUAAUGAACAUGAUAGAUUAGUACAAUUCCCAUCCGCUUCACCAUCUAAAAAUGGUCCCGUAACGCCAUCUCAUAAACAUACGACAUCAACAAAUAAUAAUAUUAAUACUAGUUCUAAUGUCCCUGUGUCUACACCUAAUGAUCAAUUACAGAAUCAACUGUCACGAACAAGAAAUAAUACUUUAGCAUCUCAAUAUACAUCUUUAUCGUUGCAUCCAUAUAAUUCAGCAGGUACUGGUAAUUUAUGGCCCACAACUAGUGCAGCAAGUAAUAUUCAAAAUCAAUAUCAUCAACAUAAUAGUAGUUAUGAUUUAAAUAUGAAUAUUAAUUCUCAAAAUACCGCUUUGACUCCGUCGUUUGAUUACGGAUAUGGUUCUUCAUCAUAUUUUAACGUACCAUUAAUGAAAUCAAGCACUAAUUAUGAUCCUUAUGAAACUUCAAAUAAUAAUAAUAAUAAUAAUAAUAACAUCAUGGGUGGUAAUCCCACCAAUAACAACAACAACAACAACAAUAAUAAUGGACUUGGGGGUCAAGGAGAUUCAUCAAUUUGGUCACCAGAAGCUGUGGCAAGGAAAAGAUCCCAAUCGAUGGCAACACAAGUUCAUCCGGAGGCAUAUUAUGUUCAACAACCUCUACCUAGUAUCAUUCAGAAUUCAGAUGCAACAGCACAUAUAAAUGUCGAUCAAUUACAAUAUUCUUAUGAUCAAAUGGAGCAAUACAAUUAUAAUAAAAACUAUAAUAAUGCAUUACAAGAGUUUCCUUUAACAUCAUCCCCUUUAUUAAUGGAUGAUAUCGAUCCAAGAUCAAUCAGUUGGGUGACUACGAACGGAACAGUACCUCCAAUCAACCAGAUUAAUUCGUUAUUACCAACCAAUGCCAUUGCAUUAACGAACAUCUAUCCAUUACAGCAAACCGAACCGCAAUAUAUUAAUGCUGUGAAUUUGACUAGUACUGCCCUUGCAUCUGUCUGUAUGAAAUUUGGUAAUGUCAUCUCAGUCAGAACUCUAAGAGACUUAAAUAUUGCUUUAGUUGAGUUUGACUCUAUCGAUAUGGCAAGGAUAACAUUGGAAUCAUUACAAGGAAAAGAUAUAUCUAUUCUUGGAUACUCCUCAACAAUUACAUAUGCUAAGAUUUUACCCUUGUAUCAUCAAGCCCAAGGUAAUAAAGGCCAAAAUGUGGCUCGCAGUUUACUUCAAGAACAAUUAGUUAAUGGAUCUAUAGUAUUCCAUCAACAAGGUUCGACACAGAUACCAAUAUUACGUAAUCAAAUCAAUGAUAGCCUAAAGAUGUCACCACAGAAAAUCCAACAGCAACAACAACAACAACAACAACAGCAACAUACUGUAAUGUUACAAAGUGUUACCAACAAUGCCAAUAAUACACAAAUAACAUUACCUGUUGAAAAUGAGAAAUGUCCAUUCCCAUUACCUCCUCCAACUAUUCAAAUUCAAAAUGAUUUAUUGAAAACAGUUAUAACCGAAUUUAAUGUUCCACAUGAUAGGGAGAAAGCUUCACAUAUUUUAAUAAGAGCACUAAACAUCAAGGAAACGGUCGAUUUAUCUGAUUUCGGUCCAACUCCUGAACCAUUAUCCUCCCGUCAAUUCCAAACACCAAAAUUACGUGAAAUCCGUAAAGCUAUUGAUUCCAACUCCUUAAGUGAUGUUGAGAUUGAACAGUUAGGUAUGGCCAUGUUAGAUGAAUUACCUGAAUUAAGUUUUGAUUAUUUGGGUAAUACCAUUGUUCAAAAGAUAUAUGAUAGAUCUAACGAUAUCAUUAGAGAUAUUAUCUUGAGAAAGAUAUCAAAAUAUUUGACAUCUUUAGGGAUUCACAAGAGUGGUACUUGGGUAUGCCAAAAGAUGAUCAAAUUGGCUCAUAACUCAAGAGCUCUUUGGUUAGUAACUGAAGGUAUUAGAGAUUAUUGUACUGCUUUGUUCAAUGAUCAAUUCGGUAACUAUGUCAUCCAAGAGGUACUUAAAUUCGGUGUCCCCUGGAACAAUUUCAUAUUUGAAAGUAUUCUAGGUAAUUUCUGGACUAUCUGUAAGAAUAAAUAUGGUGCCAGAGCCAUCAGAGCAUGCUUAGAAGCUACUGCCAUUAUCACAACCGAACAAACAUUAAUAAUCAGUUCAAUGAUUGUUGCAUACGGAGAAUAUCUAAUUACAGAUAAUAACGGUACGUUACUAAUAACAUGGUUAUUGGAUACAUGUCAAUUUGAUGAAAAAUAUAUUGCUUUGACUCACAAGAUCGUUGGGAAUAUUGCUACAUUAUGUUGUCAUAAACUUGGUUCAUUAACAAUAUUAAAAAUAUUAAACUCCAGAGGGAAUGAAUCAUGUCGGAAACUGAUAUUGGAUGAAAUUUUUGGUGAUAAUGCUAAGGAUGAAAAUAACCGGGAUCUGGUUUUGGUUAAGAUAUUAAGUGAUGUCUCAUAUGGUCCAACAUUCAUGCACAAAUUGUUAACGUCAAGAUUACUGGAUGAUGACAUUAGGACUGCAGUAGUGGAAAGAAUUCGUAAUGUUAUCUUAAAGAAUAACAUUUCGCAACAAAAUCAUAAAUUAAUGGAAGAAGUUGGGUUGGUCUCUAUAAAUGCGACAAAUAAUAACAACAACAACAACAUCAACAAUAAUAAUCAAGACAGAUCACCGAUGAAACAUAAUAGAAAUUCAGGAUUACAACAUCAUGCAUACAAUCAGGGAUUGAACGAUGCAUCAUCAAGAAGAAUGAGAGGAUUAUCUGCGUCUAGUGUUCGUAGUAACAACGGGCUACCUGGGAUUAACAUUCAGCCAAUGACACCAGUUUCGUUGAAUGAUAGCAACAACAACAACAAUAAUAAUAUGGGACCAUACGGAGGGAAUAAUAAUCAAAAUGUAAAUGUUAAUGAUGAGAUCUAUCUACAUUAUGAUGGAAAUAACAACAAUAAUGGCAAUAAUCUAUCUAUUCCAUUCAAUGAAUUGUCAUUAAACCGUACAAUAAGUAGUGAUACAGGCGAUACAACUAAUACAACUAAUACUAAUAACAAUGCUUCAAGAUUAAAUGGUUACGGGUUUUAG